CAAAAUUUCUGAUGUACUUGAAGAGACCUUUUAUAAUGAUGGUGAUUACAUUAUCCGACAAGGAGCUAGAGGAGAUACCUUUUUCAUCAUCAGCAAAGGAAAAGUAAAAGUCACCAUGAAACAAGAAAAUAGUGCAGAAGAAAAGUACAUACGGACCUUAAGAAAAGGAGACUACUUUGGAGAAAAAGCGCUACAAGGUUAUGACCUGCGAACUGCCAAUAUCGUUGCCGAAGGAUCAGAGGGUGUUACUUGUUUGGUCAUUGACAGGGAAACGUUCAACCAACUUAUUUCUAAUCUGGUUAAAGAUCGCUCAAGAUAUAGAGAUGAAGAACUUCCAAGAAAAAGGUGAGAUUUUUUAAAUACUGUCAUUUCAAACCUGCAGGUACAUUUAAUCAAGGGUGAAUAGAUUUCUGGUAUCUCUGAGCUUACAGAGUUUUCUUACCCGGUGCAAAGCAAAAAGAGGAGAAAC